AUGGCACCUUCGCGCAUCAUUGAAGCCACGGAAGCUUCGCAGGAGAGUGAACCAGAGGUCAAGAUCCAGCCCGACGGCAAGAGCGAGACAGACACAACGAACGGCACCAACAACGACACAAAAGACGAUCUCAAGAGUGAAUCAGCCGACAAGAAGGCUGGUACAAAUGGCGACACCAAGAACGAUGCCUCAGAUGAGGACGUUGACCCAAAGAAAAAGGUCGAUGCUGCAGAGCCUAUGAAGGCAGAACUGAAGCACCUUGACCGCAAGUACAGCGAGAAGCACCAGUGGUAUUAUGCUGAGACUGUGGAGGACAAGGCGACAGGNUGGACAAAAUACGUUCUUUGUGUGACCAGAUACAUGUCAGAAGAUGGCAAGCGCGUCCAGAAAGUAGUCGUCCAAAUCAACUCACAGCACCUCAAGGACCUUCUGAAGCAGGCCAUCGGCUCCUACCCUGGCGUCAGUCUCGAUACAAAAGACAUUGCUCUGACCCAGCCAUGCCGCCUUCUCUACCACUACUUCGAUGAGAUCAAGGAACACGGUGAGAAAUUUGAGGCUGGCUCUGAGGCAGCAGCUCAUUACAAAGUCCUUCUCAAUCACAUCCACGAAGAGUUUGGAGAGUCUAUCCGGGAAGCCAACAAUCUCCGCGAGCAAAACGUCAUGACAUACCAGCAUCUGUGGACUGUAUUCAAACCCAAGACUGUUGCUUUUGCACGCGUGCUUGGUCAAGUUCAGGCCUUCCGUGUGCUUGAUUCGCACUACCAAUGUGGUCAGCAGCCUCGUAUGGUUCUCCAGUUGCAACGAGUAGACUUUGACGGCAAGCGCUUUGGCUACUGGACCGAACAGAUGGCCAUUCCUGCAUACCUAGGAGCUGUUUCCCUCAGCAGGCUCGAUGUCGUUCCUCAUGACUUCUUCCCUCAUGUUGAGGAAGUAGAGGAGCGUCUCAUUUCUAGAGGCCGCCGCUUCGAGCAGUAUGCUGGUAUUCACUUCGCCGAGCACGCCGCCAUUGCUUUGGAGCACGUCUACAACAGCUCGCGUGGUGACUACGAUAUUAACCGCGUACACAUCAGCGAAAGAGUGGUUGUGGAUUACUCACAAUGUCUCCUUGCCUCCGCCCUCGUCCACGGCUUCUCCUUCACGCACAAAAAGUGGAUUGACAUGUUCAUAGACAAUCUCUCUGCCGUGGCCUGGAACGAAGCUUGCUUUGACCAACUCGUGCUCGCCCCAAAGCAGAAGAAACUCGUCCAAGCCCUCGUCACCGAACACAUUUGCCAGAAAUCAGAUUUCGACGACAUCAUAAAGGGAAAAGGCAAAGGAUUGGUGUUUGUACUGCAUGGACCNCCCGGAGUGGGAAAAACACUUACCGCAGAGUGUGUGGCUGAACGCUGUAAACGCCCUCUCUACGUUGUGUCUUCAGGAGACCUUGGAACAGACUCCUUCACCCUCGAUGAGAGACUGACCAAAAUCUUGGAUAUGGCGAGUACGUGGCGCGCCGUCCUUCUCAUCGACGAAGCAGACAUUUUCCUCGAACGCCGCUCGCUGCACGAUAUGGAAAGAAAUGCUCUCGUAUCCAUUUUCCUCAGAGUGCUGGAAUAUUAUCAGGGUAUCCUGUUCUUGACGUCGAACCGUGUGGAUACCUUUGACGAUGCAUUCAAGUCUCGCAUCCAUGUUCCUUUGAAGUACACUGGUCUGGAUGGCUCGUCGCGCAAGCAGAUCUGGAAGAAUUUCCUCGACAAGGCGGACGGUGAUGCUGUUGAUGAAGAUGGCCUUGAUAAAUUGGCUCUGCAUGACUUGAAUGGCAGACAGAUCAAGGGGAUUGUGAGAACAGCUACUAGUCUCGCGAGAUACGAUAACAAGAAGUUGGAUCUUGAGACUUUGGAGCAGGUUGUCGAGAUCCAGAUGGACUUUGAGAGGGAUCUCGUGGGAGACAAACAGUAG